CAGCAUUUAGCUACCAUCAUGCAAAAGAGUUAGCCACGAAGCUAAGCUGUUUACAUGUAUUUAUGGCCAUGAGCAUGUGCCUCACUGUACUUUAUACGGUGUUUACAGAUUACAGGUGAUGGAGUUGGACGCAAGAAUGUUUACAACAGCGUGAUUCCAAUAACAAGUGAAUGUGGAGGAUUUCAUAAACGUUGGCUAGGCUUAAGAGCAACUAGCUAGCUAACUAUCCAGCUAACGACCGUUAGCUCGCUAAAACAGCUAGCUUUGGCUAGCUAACGUUAGCUACCUGCCACACUAUCUAUCCAUCUGCAAGAUAUCAGUCGGCGUCUCGUCGUGGGACACUAAAAAGGGAACACCAUGGAUAAGGUAGCUAACUUAACAGCAAAACAUUGUGUGAAGAGAAAGCCUAUAGCUUGACAACUUAGUUAUGGCAGUUUGGCUAGCUAGCUAGUUAGCCUAACGUUAGCUAAUGUCAAUGUAGUGAUCUUAUCAUGUGGCUGUUUAUCUGAGUUGUUUAAUCGGAUGAUCUCAAGUAGUUAUCUAGCUAGCAAUCUGUCUUCUUGGUAACAUUCAUGUUUCCAUUGAAGACUUGGCUAACUUGUAUCUUAGCUAGCCAGAUAGAAUCCACCAAACAGACAGACAGACAGGAAACGCCCAGUGUCAGCCACCAUGGAUUAGCCCCCGGUUUCGAGCAGGGCAGAGGUGUACCCCACCCCACCCAUGGCAUGUUGUCCCCCACCCCACCCAUGGCAUGUUGUCCCCCACCCCACCCAUGGCAUGUUGUCCCCCACCCCACCCCACCCCACCCAUGGCAUGUUGUCCCCCACCCCACCCAUGGCAUGGUGUCUUGGAGGAGGGGACACGUACUCCAGAACGUUAGCAGUGUUCUUUGCUUCUCUCUUUGUCUAGUUUGAACCAAACGCUGUCAAAUGGGCUAUAGAGCAUCCACAUUUAGUUAGAGACCUACCUAGAGCAGUCACCCCUGAGCUACAGGAUGGAAGAUGCUCUGCAAAAUUUUCAUUUUUGGAUUCAGUCUACACCUUUACCCAUACAACACAAACCGAAUACUUUUCUUUUUCUAAAGGCGGAUUUCUUAAAGGGUCUCCCCGUUUACAACAAGAGCAACUUCAGCCGGUUCCAUGCAGACUCUGUGUGUAAAGCAUCGGUAAGCGUUGACUCUCAAAUCUAUCAGAACAUUUCCCAUGUAAAGUGAAUGAGAGAUUAACAUCAUCAGUCUUGCUCCAUCUGAAUAUCUAUGAAUGACUUUUUACAGAACCGAAGACCGUCCGUGUACCUCCCGACAUGCGAGUACCCCUCAGAACAGAGUAAUUACCUCCAUUCUUAGUAGAGAGAACAGACUUCAUGGAAAUUCUUUAUUUAGUUUUUCUUGGGGAAAAAUGUACUGCUAGAAAUACAUAAAUAUGUUUUGAGAGGGGGAUGAAAUCUGAGUUUUGAAAUUGAAAUUCUCUUUUACUUACCAGUUAUUGUCACAGAGAAAACCAAUAUCCUCCUGCGCUACCUUCAUCAUCAGUGGGACAAAAAGGUGAGGUUUUGGAGGGGUUCUCAGUCCUGAAUAAAUAGAUGAUAUUCAGGUGUCAUGCAGGAGUAACAGUUAUAACCUGUCACAGACCAGGCACUGGGAAGCAUGGUCAGCCAUGCUCACUCUUAAACGGAACAUCAACUUUGUGGAGCAGGUGUGUGUCCAUGCUUUAAGUUUAGUUCCCUCUCUGUUGAACAGAACGCAGCGAAGAAGAGGGAACAGGAGCAAGGAGAGGGAGGGAGUCCAGCACCGCCACGCAAAAUCGCCAGGACAGAUAGCCAAGAGAUGAACGAGGACUCUUAGGAGUGUGUGUGUGCAUGGCUACGUGUGUGUGUGUGUGUAUGUACGGAUGCGUGCAUCUGUGGAGGAAGCACACGGACAAGCCCACAACGACAGACAUAAGAGGAGAGACGUGAAGACAUACGAAACACGGACAAACAACCUGAGAACAAGUCCCCCCUGGUUUGGGAAAGACAAAACAUUUUUUGUUGUUGUUGUUACCUUCUGCAAAGAGCUUCCUGCCAGGUCCAGUGCAGUUUUCAGCUUCACUGCCCAGCCUUGGCCACAUGGGGGUGCUGCAACAUCUUUCCACACAGUUUGCUUCGGCAGACACAAGUAUACAUUGUGAUUGUGAACCGCUACUUGCCAAAACCCGGCCGCCACAACAGGAGAAGAAACUGCCCCCCCACCCCCCAGACUUGUGUUAAUGUUCAAUAUGCAUUAUCUUCCAUGAUUCUGUUUUGAAUUUGUGUGUGUUUGAAGUUUGUGCUGGCUUGUUUUACUGUACAUUUUAGGACUGAACUCUUUCCUCAUGUAUUGCCCCCUACUGGUCAAUAGGGAUAACAUGACAAGUGACUCAACAGUUUACUAGCUUAGUUUGAAUGUUUGCAGCUUUCUUGCAAUGUAUCGCUGUUAAACAGGGUAUUAUAGAAUCGCAAGCCAAAUUGUUUUUUGUCACCAGGUGUUGACUAUUCACUUUACCAGAAUUGUUUGGAAUUUGUUUACACUGCAAUCGAUGGACCCAUUAUGUAUGUUUGUGAAGAUCUCACCUUACCUGCACAACCAAGUGAUAGCAGAGGUAGAGCAAAGAAUAGUAGCCUAUGUCAAUAUGAUGGGUGGAGAGAGAUUGUUGUAUUCAGUAUUAAGACCAAUGAAAAUACUAUAGCCAGCUGUUAGAUAUUAAGGUCUCGGCUUUAUAUUUCUCAAAAUAAAUGACAUUGCAUCUGCCUUUUUGUAAAAUAAAUAUAUGUAGCUACAUGGAUAUUAUACUAAGUCCUUUGUGUAAAUGUUGAGAAGCACUGAUACCCGAUGGUUGUUAUCUUGCCUUGCAUGUCUGUUUUUGACAACUUCCCGGGCUGGGGGGCGUUGUGUGGAGAAGAGGAUACAGGGAAAUAUACCACAGGAGGUUUGUGGUACCUUAAUGGGGAGGACGGGCUCGAGGUAAAGGCUGGAGCGCAAUCAGUGGAAUGGUAUCAAAUACAUGAAACCCAUGGUUUCCAUUUAUUUGAUACCAUUCCAAAUGCUCUGUUCCAGACAUUAUUAUGAGCCGUCCUUCCCUCAGCAGUCUUCUGUGGUAUCCAGUAACAGACCACAUGCCAUGGAAUGCAUGAACAGCAAGGUGCAGUCACCAUCCUGCCUUGUUCCAGAAAUUCAACUUGUACUUGUGUUGUACUACUGUACAAUACUACACUGAAUUCUGGAGUUUAUUUAGUGAGGUGAAACACUCAGAACGCUGCAAAUAGAAAUGUAAUGAGCUGACAUGAGUAGUAUCUGCUCUAUAUUAUAUAUUUCUAUAAACUUUUUGUUAUGUUGGACCCUUCUGAACAGGCCCCAGACCUUUAAUGUUUACACUGCCCAACAAAGUCACAGCAAGUCUCUUUUCCGCUCAGCUCCAGAUGCUGCAAUCAAUGUGUUUCCUACUGUACCUGCCAUCCUCUGACUUUGAAGCGUAAAGACAUGCUAUGCUUCUGCUAGACUAGACUGUUCUGAAUAUCCACUCUAUGCUUCUGCUAGACUAGACUGUUCUGAAUAUCCACUCUAUGCUUCUGCUAGACUAGACUGUUCUGAAUAUCCACUCUAUGCUUCUGCUAGACUAGACUGUUCUGAAUAUCCACUCUAUGCUUCUGCUAGACUAGACUGUUCUGAAUAUCCACUCUAUGCUUCUGCUAGACUAGACUGUUCUGAAUAUCCACUCUAUACUUCUGCUAGACUAGACUGUUCUGAAUAUCCACUCUAUGCUUCUGCUAGACUAGACUGUUCUGAAUAAUCACUCUAUGUUUCUGCUAGACUAGACUGUUCUGAAUAUCCACUCUAUGCUUCUGCUAGACUAGACUGUUCUGAAUAUCCACUCUACGCCUCACCCUGUUUUAUUGUGUAUUAGGUCAAACAUUAUUUUCAGCUUCGCUCAAAUAAAAACAGUGAUCAAAAAGUAAUGUCCGUUGUCAUGUUAUUGAGACAAUGUACACUACCGUUCAGAAGUUUGGGGUCACUUAGAAAUGUCCUUGUUGUGGGUUCGAUUACAGGCUCAAAAUGGCCAGAAACAAAUAACUUUCUUCUGAAACUCGUCAGUCUAUUCUUGUUCUGAGAAAUGAAGGCUAUUCUAUGCGAGAAAUUGCCAAGAAACUGAAGAUCUCGUACAACGCUGUGUACUACUCCCUUCACAGAACAGCGCAAACUGGCUCUAACCAGAAUAGAAAGAGGAGUGGGAGGCCCCGGUGCACAACUGAGCAAGAGGACAAAUACAUUAGAGUGUCUAGUUUGAGAAACAGUGCUAACAUAAUUGCAAAAGGGUUUUUCUAAUGAUCAACUAGCCUUUUAAAAUGAUAAACUUGGAUUGGCAAACACAACGUGCCAUUGGAACACAGGACUGAUGGUUGCUGAUAAUGGGCCUCUCUACGCCUAUGUAGAUAUUCCAUAAAAAAUCAGCAGUUUCCAGAUACAAUAGCCAUUUACAACAUUAACAAUGUCUACACUGUAUUUCUGAUCAAUUUGAUGUUAUUUUAAUGGCCCAAAAAAUGGCAUUUCUUUCGAAAACAAGGACAUUUCUAAGUGACCCCACACUUUUGAACGGUAGUGUAAUUUGUACAUUUGUUUCACACUUUUAUAUUUUGUGUGUGUAAACAAGAACACAUUUCAAUUUAAAAAUGUUUUAUUAUCUAUAUUUCAGAUCUUACAAAAAUAUGACAAAAUAAAUUAAAAGAAAUAAAUAAUCCCAUUUCCCAGUAUCAUAUUUUUCUUGAAAAGAUAAUGUUUUUUUUUGUUUUUUUUGUACAGUGGUACAUUGGAAGAGCACAUGAUGUCUGGUCAGUUAGUGAGGCUGUUAUGAAUAUGUUUUUGUAUUUAGUUAGGACAGCAUAAAGGAAAAGGUUCUACAUCCUGGUAGUAGGUGUACAGUACAUCUCCCCUCAUCCACUUUUACUGUCCAGUUCAAUGAUGACGCUGCAGUUACCCACUCCCCUGAUAGGCUUAUCCCAUCAAACCAAUACAGUAAAGUAUUGUACUGCUUUAGAGGCUGGAUUUAGACAACUGUCCCAAACAAUGUUUCAUUAACAAACUUCACUCUGCUCUCGUCUCACAACCCUUCUAAGCAUUCGUAACUAAGCAGUGCAAUGAUAGAGCAUCAAAAGGUAAACUCGUUCAGAGAACUUCCUUACAGUUUGAAAAUACAUCGUUGCAUUGAUACUGACAUGAGCCAUUUCACUACCUCAAAGCAGCUCUGUCUGAUAAAACCUAACCAUAAGGGUCAACAUGUGUCUAGUGAGGCCAAAGGUCAUGGACCAUGAUGGCCGCUGACCCAACAAAGGCUGCAUCUCAAUAGUCUCACUAACGCCGUCUCCUUUCCUUCAUCUGCACUGAUCUGAGAAAGAAAGGACAGGUCAAAGCAACAUGUUAGUUGCAUGCUGGGAAUUUGCUUUCACAUGUCCAGUUCUUUCCGAUCAGUGAUGGGGAAUAGAGGAAGCCAUUCAGAACUAUUAAGUUGUUAACCAAGCCAGUCUGCUCCAGAGCCAUAGCAGGCAGGUGUACCAUGGACGAUUGGUACUGACAAUGGCCUACCACAGAUUAUCUCAUCAAACAUUUGUCUGAUUGAGCAUCUGCUUCACUACAGUAAAUGAGAAAUGUCUCAAUCAUGGCCUAGUUAUUAGGCAUUAUUCCCAAAUGAAUGAUGAUGAUCGUAACCAAAUGGUUUCCUUAUUUGUACAGAAUGACUUAAUUGGCUGUAGAGGAAAUGUGAUGGUAAGGUUAGACGUCACUCACUCCCACACAAACUGCUAUUUCUCUUUCCUUAUUGCCUUGAAGUGCCUUUUCAGCUCAAAUCCCAUGAAACUACUACUACUACCACUACUAGUUCAGUCAGUCAGAGCUGUAACUACUACUACCACUACUAGUUCAGUCAGUCAGAGCUGUAACUAGUACUACUACCACUACUAGUUCAGUCAGUCAGAGCUGUAACUAGUACUACUACCACUACUAGUUCAGUCAGUCAGAGCUGUAACUACUACUACUACCACUACUAGUUCAGUCAGUCAGAGCUGUAACUAGUACUACUACCACUACUAGUUCAGUCAGUCAGAGCUGUAACUACUACUACUACCACUACUAGUUCAGUCAGUCAGAGCUGUAACUAGUACUACUACCACUACUAGUUCAGUCAGUCAGAGCUGUAACUACUACUACUACCACUACUAGUUCAGUCAGUCAGAGCUGUAACUAGUACUACUACCACUACUAGUUCAGUCAGUCAGAGCUGUAACUAGUACUACUACCACUACUAGUUCAGUCAGUCAGAGCUGUAACUAGUACUACUACCACUACUAGUUCAGUCAGUCAGAGCUGUAACUAGUACUACUACCACUACUAGUUCAGUCAGUCAGAGCUGUAACUAGUACUACUACCACUACUAGUUCAGUCGGUCAGAGCUGUAACUAGUACUACUACCACUACUAGUUCAGUCGGUCAGAGCUCAAUACUUAGUGUUGCCACAAUGUUCAUGAAAAGUCUCAUUGCAGAAGCAUGAACCAUGCCAUUAUGUUGUAGCUUGAAGUACAUUAUAGAUAGGCAAUCCAUGCAAAAUGAAAGAAGGUCAUGUAUGUUUUUGGCCAAAAUGCAUAUUUGACAGGCAUUUUAGGUAACCUCAUCUCAUAUUUAAACACAGAGAGAGAUGAUCAGAGAUGAAAAGUAUAGUGUACCAGGAGCUUCCUAAGAUUAGGUUUCCUAUUUCAGACAGGAGAGGUGUGUGUGUGUCUGUCUGUGUGUGUGUAUGUGUGUGUAUGUGUAUGUGUGUGUCUGUAUGUGUAUGUGUGUGUGUGUGUCUGUAUGUGUAUGUGUUUGUGUGUGUCUGUGUGUGUGUGUGUGUGUGUGUGUGUGUCUGUAUGUGUGUGUGUGUGUUUGUCUGUCUGUAUGUGUGUGUGUGUCUGUAUGUGUGUGUGUGUGUGUGUGUGUGUGUCUGUAUGUGUAUGUGUGUGUGUGUCUUUAUGUGUGUGUGUGUGUCUGUGUGUGUCUGUGUGUGUGUGUGUCUGUGUGUGUGUGUGUGUGUCUGUAUGUGUGUGUGUGUGUGUGUGUGUGUGUGUGUGUGUGUGUGUGUGUGUGUGUGUGUGUCUGUGUGUGUGUGUGUAUGUGUAUGUGUGUGUGUGUGUGUGUGUGUGUGUGUGUGUGUCUCUCUGUGUGUGUGUGUGUGUGUGUGUGUGUGUGUGUCUGUGUGUGUUUCAGCCCAGAUGGAGAGAGCAGUGAUGAGAUGUUCACUAUUGAUACCCACACUGAGAAUUCAGGUCAGCUGGAGAUCCCAUUGGGUGCUGGAACGCAGUCUAAAGAGGUGGAGUACUAA